CCAACUCUGCGAACGUACACGCAUCUGCGCAUUGGACAGGCCUGUUACGCCGACACAGACGACAGUAACGCUGCCAAGUCAACAAAAGGAAAUUGGGGAUUCAGUUUGGGUAGUCUGUGAUAUGUGCUAUUGAAGGCAGUACCUGCUCUGCGGAACUCAUGGCACCGCAAGGCCCGAGAAAAGUCAACCACUUAUUUGCUCUGCCUGGGAACACACUUCUAUGCCACCCCUAGGCUCUCUCAAACGCAAGCGGUCGUACUUGCCGCCCGAAAUCCUCGACCGAAUAUUUACUCUCCUACAAAGAUCGUCGUCAAACACCUUUCGCCAUAGCGAUGAGGAGAUGCUUGUCAGCCGUAAGAGUCUUCAUGCAUGCUGCCUUGUAUGUCACGCGUGGUACUUUUCUGCGGCUGCUACGCUGUGGAACCAUCCUACCUUUCCGAACCUCGACAGUUUUGUCAAAUUCGUUGCGACAUGUCACCGCAUUGGACUCGAUAGACGAAAGAAGAUGGGACAACGUAAUGAUGGGAUCGGCGAGACAAAUGUGGUACAUAGAGGCAGUGAAACCGUAUGGAUUGCAAGAUGGGGGAUCGAAAACCUGCGAUCCUUACAUCUGAAUGAAAACGCCUUUUUACCAGUGUUUUGUACCCACAAGCAUUUGGCAUUGAUUGCGGAUGCAAGACCUGAACUUCAUCAUUUGUCGUUGGCAAAUUGUCAUGCGCUGAAUGACGCCGCUCUUUCGCAAAUUGUUUGUUCAGUAGCUCCAUCGCUGAGGACGCUCGAUCUGACCAACUGUUGGCAAGUCCGCGAUAUUGGAGUUCAGAUGGUUGCCCAAUUCUGCGGGCCAUGGAAAACGCUGCAGAAGCUAGUGUUGAGAAACUUGGGCUUGGUAUCUAAUCUCGGGCUGGCUGCCAUCGGCGAGCAUUUAGCGCCAUUUUUGAGAGUUCUCGACGUGAGCAAUUGUCGUAGUAUAAGUGACUCUGGAAUGGCGAAUUUCCUGGGGAAGACUUUGGUUGAAGAGGUUGAAACUGGACGAGUCUCAGGAAGGCGUGUUCGGAGACUGGGGCGAUCUCGCGGCAAGCUCCUGGAACUGCGGUUUUGUGGGUGUAGACGGUUUACUCGAAUAGGGUUCAACGCUGUUUUGGCCAAAGCGUUGAAGAACAACCCCGAUUUACAUACACUCGAGUUCUCAACGCCAGUUCCUCCAAAGGGAUCACCCAAUUAUACCUUCCACAGUUUCCCCAUACAAUGCUUCAAAACGUUAACUAGCCUCCACAUUCAUCGUGCAGAAUAUCUGGAUGACGAGCGCAUUCGCUCAUUAGCAGACAAUUGCGGACCCCUGUUAAAGGAGUUCUCUUUGAUCAACGGCAUUUACGUUAGCGAGGUCGCGCUCAAGUACCUGCUGACGCACUGCGUCCGAUUAACGCAUCUAUCUCUCAAAAAAACACACCUGGUAACGGACGCGGUGGUGGAGCAUUUGACGAAAUGCUCAUGUAUGCCGCAUUUGAGUUUUCUGGAUCUAUCUGGCUGUAAGUGGGUGACGGACAGAGCAGCGGAAGCUUUGGCGAAAUCCGCGGAAGAGAAGCCGUCUGCUGCCGAUGAGAAUACCAACCCCUUUAAAAGGGCGAUUUAUUCUUCCACCCGAACGCCUCGGGCAGCAUCCUUGACUCAUCUCAUCGUGGUGGAUUGUCCACAGCUGACCCUUCGCGGUCUACUGACAACGAUUCGCGGAUGUUAUCCACCAGCGGGCUUGCUAGAGGAAGUUCAUGUUACAGGCGCCAACAACAACAUGGAGUUGGACGUGAUGACCGACAUUGGCCCCGGCGGGAGUGUGAGCGAAGCGACUUUGUUUGAGAUGGUUCCACAACGUGUCGGGGUGAAUGCCGUACGGCAAAAGGAACCGAGAUGGGUGGAGAUUAUCAAGGGCCAACGCUUAAGUUUUCUAGCUGGCUGUGGCGAAUGCGAAAUAAACGUGUGAAGACGUGCAGUGGAUGAGAUGUGGAGGUGAUUGUAUAAAAUUUGGGUAACUUUCCUGCUGCCACUGCGCAGAGGACGAAUGACUGUAAAUGACGGGUAUUUAAUGGGUAUCUCUUGAUGUUUGACAAUAUCUGCUUCCCAGUUUGAAAGCACAG